UACCGUCAUUUCUCAAUUCCGUGUACACACUGUGUAAAUUGUACUGGAUUUCCCUAAGUACAACGUCUUUGGCCGAUAUUUUUGCGGAUAACUUGUUUAAUUUGAAUAAACGAGGAAUAAGAGUUAUUUUAGGAGCACCCCUAGUGGAGAUGGCCUGAACUACACACCACAACAUCGGGGAAAAAGAUACGUCGCCAUGGAUAUGUGCCAGUCAACCCAACGACCCAACGAGGCAAUAAUCUUGUCUAAUCAUCAACAGACACAGCUGGCUUAAUAGCUCAGCAAUUUCCAAGGGACUCAGUUGAUGAACAGCCAAGAAAGCUUAGGAGAGCGGAAUUUUUGGGAAUACACUAUAGUUCAGUCAACAUUUGAAAUACACUAUAGUCCAGUCAAUGUUUGAAAUACACUAUGGUUCAGGAAAUGAACUAUAUUGAUGCCGAUGUUUGGAAUAUACUCAACUGCAGCUAGUGUUAUGAAUAAACUAUAGUGCAGCCAAGGUUAUGAAUUUGAUAAUAUAGUGCAGUACAUCUUUGGAGUACACUAUAGUGCAGCCACCUUUUGGAAUACACUAUAGUGCAGCCGAAUUUUGCAUUUCACUAAAGUGCAGCAUAUGUUAGGAAUACACUAUAGUGCAGCUGAAUUCUGUAAUUCACUUAAGUGCAGCCUGUGUUUGGAAUACACUAUAGUCGAGAACUAUAUUGCAGCCGAUAUUCAUUACACAAUAUUUGGAAGCCAAAACUAGGAAUGCAGCAAGUUAACCGGAGUUUGGGAUAAACAGAGUGUUUUAAGCCAGUUUUGGAAAUAUACAAUCGGAUAAGAUAACAUGUUUAAACUGAUAUUUGGAUAACAGAGCAUUUUGAGAAAAAAUUGGGAGCAAGUUAAAAACAGACAAUAGGAUUAGGCUGAAGCUUUCAAAUUAUGCAAGGAUACAGGGGCGAAGUUCGUUCAUGGAAUACUGCCGUUUUUGGACUGGUUUAGGAAUAUGCUACGUUAUUUGAGCUGCACCUUUAAUAGCAUAGGAACCGAUGCAAUAACAUCGCACCUUACAAGAAUACAGCCGAUAGAAGAAUAAACUACAAGAUCAAUAUUUAUUAAAUUGAAAAAUAUCAACUGCUGAUAUUUGGAUAAAGUUACUGGAUUAUAGUGCAAAUAUUUCAUAAUUUUGCAAAAACAUUAUCUAAUUUAAGCUCAAAAGACUUUGAAAUCUAUAACAAUGCUUUGAGUAGGCUGAAAUUUUUAGGCCACUAAACUAUCGGAAAACGCGUCACAACAAAAACUUAUUGUCAAGAUUUGCAGUCACAUUCACUUGUUGUUCAUACAGGAGUGUUAUCCUUUCAAACUUUCACGACUUAACACUGAACUGAGCAUAACACCAAAAGGAUCUCAACACUGAGAUUGUAGUACACUGAAAUUCUGUAUACACCAACAAGUAAACCUAAAAUUUCACUCGGAUGAAAUUUCAUAGCUAAAGUAUGAGAAUCUUGUCAAUUUGGAUGACAUAAUCAUUAGGCAUAACAGUCAGAAAUUAGCAUUCUUGAAACUAGAUCAAAGAAAACUUUCAAAAAAUGUGGAUUAUAAUGUCACAACUGACAGAUAUUGGAUGACCUGCAAUAAAAGAUGCCAAGUUGAUAUCUGAGGAAUGACUGUGUCAUUUUACUGUGUCAAUUUAAGGUGAAGUUGUGUCAAUUUCAAGUGGUGAGGAAUAUUGAUUCUGAUAAUGAGGAUACGAGGAUAGGCAGAGUUCUGAGAUCACGAUAUCUUAACUGGAGUGGAUAUGUUUCAGAUUGACUUGGGCUACUGGGAGCAGGAUUAAGAUAAGGAUAGAGAAGGCUCUGUUUGAAGAGACAAUCUCUGAUCUCGAAGAUCAAGCCAGGAUUCUUCGCAUUAAAAGUAGUUUAUCCGAUAUCUAUAAGAUCGAAUCAUGAUGCUAUGAUUACGUUUUAAAGAGCUGCGAUUAAGUUGACGGCGAUUCUUAUCAGUGUUGAUGGUAUUGCUUGUGUGCUCUUUAUGUGCUGAGUUCGCGACGAGCGUUGCAUUCUGUGAAAUUCGUAAAGUCAGCGCUGAGCUCGAUGGUACUGCCAUCGAUAUGGAGAACUUGAUUCAGAGAUCACUAAUGUGCUCUUUACUGACUCGUAUCGCAUCCUGUGAAAUUUGAUUCAGAUAAGUGUCGGUAUAGUGUUAAGUGGAACUGCUGUUGUUCUGCUAGAGCUGAUUCAAAUAUCGUCACCAGCCUGGAUUAUAACCCACAACUAACGAGUGAUGGAUAAGUGUUGAAUUAGUGUUGAAUAAGCGUUGAAUAAGUGUUGAAUUAGUGUUGGAUCAGUGUCAGCAAACUAUUGCAUACUUCUGUUGCAAUACUUUCGCGAAUUCAAGGAGAUUAUGUACAGCAAUGAUAAAAUAUUUUGGUCACUUUCAAGGAAAUAUCUCAAUAAUUGACUCUAAAAUACUCGGAAAAAUUACUGAACCGCAAAGCCAUAUUGGUGGAUAUUCUGGCAUCAGGCGAUCUCAUGGUCAAUAUUCAAAAAAGUGGGAAAAGCUGCUUGAAAUUACAAAUAGUUUUCAGUAACUAGGGGCAGCUGCGUGAACACAUCAUAAGUCAUAAGGGUGUAAUGAGAUGAGCAAUUAAAAGCUGUCUAAAUGAUUAUGAUGGUAUUUAACAGGAUCAUGGAUAUUCAUGUCAGCUGUAUUUGGAUCCAAAUUAUGGUUGUUAUUAGACAAAUGUUAGAGGGUAUUUGAGGUGAUGGUGUCAGGCAUGUCAGAUGUGAAAUUGUAUCAUUUUGACGCACGCAACUGCAAAGGAUAGCAUAUUUGACAAAAAAAGCUGCAACAGAUAGCCUUUUUGACACGUGAAACUGCAAAGGAUAGCCUUUUCGACACGUGUAACUGCAAAGGAUAGCCUUUUUGACACGUGUAACUGCAAAGGAUAGCCUUUUCGACACGUGAAACUGCAAAGGAUAGCCUUUUCGACAUGUGAAACUGCAAAGGAUAGCCGUUUUGACAUGUGAAACUGCAAAGGAUAGCCUUUUUGACACGUGAAACUGCAAAGGAUAGCCUUUUCGAUACCUGGAUCUGCAAAGGAUAGCAUUUUUGAAGACUUAGUAAAAAGCAUGCAACAUUCAUUUGAAAUGGACUGUUUCAUAGAACUGCUGUGAUCCGUACAUUGCAUUAGAGAUCUUGGUCACUACCAAGAGAAAGGAAAUCUUUUUAAAUGGUGUAAAAAAUCUUUUUAGAAAUGAGCCAAGAAUCAGCGACAAUUCUGCUUCCCAGUCAUAGUCUCGCAUUAGGAAGGAAUCCCACUUGUAUCAAAGCAGGAAGAGUAUAUAAAGGACUAUGAAGACAAAUUUUCAAGGUCUUUGAAAGUCAGGGACAUUUUCACUGUCAUUCUAAAGAUUUCUAACGAUUUUAUGAGACAGUGAGUGAACAAUGAGUCUCUUAUGGACUCUAUAAAGCAGAUCUGAAAAUGUCAAUUCUGCUUUAACCGGAUUAUACUUGAUAUUGAAUGUUAAAAGGUUGGACAACAAAAGAAAUAUGUGAAAACCAACAGGAGACAAUACAAAAAAAUACAAACUAUAACUUACAAAUUUAGAAUCGAUAUCCAGUUGACUGUAGUUUACAACUGAUAUCUAUCGAAGUGAGUCUAUAGAUUGUAACACACUUCCAACAACAAGUAUCACAGGCGUUAGGAAAUUUACUUAUAAAAGUAAUUCAUCGAAUUUUUACAUUCUCGCAAAGUGUUUACAACUCAACUUUACAGUGCAAAAGUUUACAGUCGUGGGCAAACACAGUGUAUUCCUACAUGCUCUUGUGAUGAAACCAGGCAAACAAACUCUCAAGUGCAUUUUGACAACAAUUUGAGUUUAAAGCUGAGCAAAGUUUACGGUGCAAUCAAGAAAACUAUAAGUUUCCAGUACAAUUUAGGAAACCCUGAGUCUGAAGUGAAUUUUACACCAGAUGUUUACAGUGAAAUUGGGCAAACAAGUCACUUUUAUAGUAAAUUGUCUCUCAAAGAGGUUUACAAUGCAUUCUUAGGAGAGGGAUUUACAGAGAUUUUGGCAAAUCUGUAGGAUUUACAGCGCACGGAGCAGACAUUUAGUUUUUCUUGCACAUUCUGGUACCCAAUUGAAAUUUACACCAAACUCCAACAAAAAACAAUUUACAGUAAAUCAGGACAAGGUUUAUAGUGCAUAAGCAUCCUAGUCAAAGUUUACAUUAAAUCCUGGCAAAGUUUACAGUAAAUCAGUGCAAUUCCAAGAGGAGAAGUUUACAGUGCAUUCAAGGAACUGAACUUUACAGUGAAUCCAAUGAACCGAACUUUACAGUGCAUUCAAAGAACUGAAUUUUACAGUGCAUCCAAUGAAUCGAACUUUACCGUGCAUUCCAUGAAGUGAACUUUACCGUGCAUUCCAUGAAGUGAACUUUACAGUGCAUUACACCACGAAAUGAACUUUCCGGUGUAUUCCAGGAUCUAAACUGGCCAUCAAAUUCUGCACAUUUUUAGUGACUUGAGCAAGUAAGGUGCAAAACUUUUGAAAUGACCGGUAAAAUAUGCUGAAUGUCUUGUUCUAAUGUGAACCCGAAUCAUUCGUAGCGUGGUCGAACAUGGUGUGAAUUUUUUUAUAGUCUUUCCGCAAAUUUGGCAAACAUUACUAACAGCAGGCAGGAUCUAGCGACAAGAUGGAAUACCACCUUGUGAUAUUUAAUAUUUUUAUAUUGCUUCCUCUUUUCCUACCUGGAGUUAUUUUGGCGUGCACGACGUUAAUGUCCGGUGGGAUUUAUACGGCAGACUGCACCGGGCGAGGUAUGAUGGAAAUACCACUCGGUUUACCGCACGAUAUCAAAGCACUCGAUUUCAAAAACAACUCACUUACGAAACUAUUCGACAAUAUGUUUUUAGAUUUCAAAGAUCUGCAUCAUUUGUAUUUAAGUUUUAACGAGAUCAGCCGGAUUGAGCACGAAGCGUUCUUUGGCAUUAGGAAUCUGAUUAGUUUAGAUUUGGAGGGAAAUAAGCUAAAUGUGGUCCCCUACGAUGUCUUCCAUGAUUUCACAUCCCUCGUACACCUCAAUCUCAACAGAAAUCCUCUAAAGCUCAUUCAAGACUAUGCAUUCCCCGGCCUUCCAGCAUUAGAGGUUCUCACCUUAGAACAUUGCCAAAUAGACACGAUAAAAAAACGCGCUUUCCUCGGUCUAAACCAGUUAAAGGAGUUAAGCUUAGCAUAUAAUGAGUUAACAACACUAAGUUCGGAGGUCCAUUCGACAUUGAAUUCACAUUCCUUGGAGGUUCUAAAGCUAUGGGGAAAUCCUUGGCACUGUGACUGCAAUAUUCGCUGGAUUAAAAUCUGGUUAAAGAUGGCACAGGAUGAUAUAACGUGGUGGGUCGGUGACCGGGUGCCGACGUGCGUUUCGCCACAUCAGAUGGAGCGACGUGAGUGGCCGAAUUUACAAAUUGAUCACUUUGCAUGCACGCCCAUAAUCGGGACGAGCACAGCGAUAGUGAAUAGUUUUAGUGGGACGAACGUUAGUUUAACAUGUGAGAUUUACGCGAAGCCAAAAGGAACAGCAAAGUGGUACAAAGGAACAAAAUUACUAGAGGAACAAAAAUUAUACCACAUUGUAAACAUGUAUGGCAAUGAUUAUAAUUUUACUACUACUUUGAAAUUAUAUAACGUAAAUAUCAACGAUUCUGGACAAUACUACUGCAUGGGGACGAACUACGCUGGCCAAUCAGAGGCAAGUAUCGAGGUACUCGUAAUGAAACGCACCAGAAAACCUCAGUUAGAUUUCAUAUAUUUUGAUAUCGGUACGAUCGUGGGCGUAAUCUUAGCUGCUGUUAUUAUCAUUGCCUUAAUUGUGAUCGCGUGUUAUGUGUGCGUUCAACGGCGCAAUAAGAAAAAGAAAAAGAAACUCAAAAAGGCUGAGAAACUGAAAACUGCAAGUAUUGAACGAGAUAUAGUUUAUACAAGUAAUACAAAAACGGAUUUAUUCGAGGAGGACGAUGGACCGACUUGUACUGUCAAAAUAAAUAAUUCCACCUAUUACUCGGACCCUUACCGGUUCCCCGAGGAGGGAGAUGAAGAAAAAACACAUAUAUUUAGUAAUCAGCAACAUCGCCAGUGGCAAGGUAGUUUAGGUGUACAUAAUCCAACUGCUUCUCCAUGCUCGCCAUCCGGGUCAGAUAAUAUCCGGUCUAAUCCAUCCGGUUCGGACACAAUCCGGUCAAAUCGGUCAGGGACGGACACCAUUCGGUCUAACCGGUCAGGAACUAAUACAGUACACUCAGACCGGUCAGGAACUAAUACAAUACACUCAGACCGGUCAGCACCAGAGAUGGUGCGUUCAAACCGGUCAGCACCAGAGACCAUGCGUUCAAACCGGUCACAAGCUGAUACAGUCCGUUCAAAUCGGUCUAACCACCGACCAAUCCCGCCAAAAAUUCCUGAAACGGAUACUGGUUACCAUGACAACAGGUCCCCCACAUCUAAUACAGUUCCUCGCUCAACUUUUAAACCAGAAAGACCGUUUUCUUCGACUGGUUACACGGAAAGCGGUUAUCUGACUUCUUCGACGGUUCCAGCGUUAUCGCCAGCUGAAUCCUACCAAAGCUCCACCUAUACACCCACAACGGAUACACAAAACUUGAAUUUAGAUGAUGAUCCAUAUUAUUAUGGGACGAUUGUAUAAGAUUUUUGUAUUGAUGUAUAUGAGACGAGCUGCAGUAUCAGUCAUAAUAGUAUUGUAACACCCUUAUUAUCAUCGUCCUUGUUUGCCUUUAAACACGACAAUUCCUCUUCCUCGUUAUUGCCCUCUGAUGGAUUCUUUCUAUAUUUGUUUUCUUAGUAUAUCUGACACGGUGGUUCGUAAUUGUGAAUCUUCCACUGAAAAUCACCCUUAUUUCAAUCUGGCAAAAUAAGGGGUUGACAUUUUUACACAUUUUACAUUCUUUAUCUGAGCCUCAUGCCAUAGGGCUUCAGAAUCACUACCAACAUAUAAUCUCCAAAAGCAGGUCCAGUGAGUAUCAAUAGAAAGUGAAUCAAGAUUUUUUACAAGCCCAUUAGCCGACUUGUUCUGGAUCUACAGUCUAGAAAGUGAAACUUUUCAUCGAGACACACUGUAUAAUUUCCAGAGAGGAGACCGUGUCGCCCUCUUUUUGUCUCUAAAAGCACUAAUGUAAAUAAUUGUAAUACGUUUGCUGUAAAUAAUUGGAUGCAAAAUGUUUGUAUAUUUUACUUUGUGAUCAGAAGCUCAACGCAUGGCUAAAAUACUGUUGUUGCUUGCAUGUACAGUUCUUCUUAUAAUGCCUCAUCUCUCCGCAACAGACUACACGUGACAAAGUGGACUGUUCAUUCUUUAGUUCACGUGAGUGUUACACGUGACGAAAAUGACUCUUCAUUCUUCAUAUCACAUGAUUCCUAACACGUGACAAAGAUGAACAUUGAUUCUUCUGUUUAAUUGAGUCCUUUCACGUGAUAAAAAUUACUGUUUAUACUUUAUCAAGCAAGUGUUACGCGUGACAAAGACAGCUGUUCAUUCUUCAGGUCACGUGAGUUCUUCCACGCGACAAAAAACAACUGUUUUUCAGUUCACCUGAGUCAUGACACAUGAUAUGAUAAAUGUGGCUUCUGAGAAAUCCCAGCCUGGCAUAGUGCUGCAUACUCCUAUCCUUUUGCUAAUAAAGCAACUUGAUCACCAAUCUGUACCAAAAAACCUCUAUUUUGAAUAUUUCUUCAUUAGGCGACCGAAAGAUGAUAAUCUUUAUCCUACAUGUCCUAGUAUCUUCCAUAAUCCAUGGAUCUUAUCGCUGAAGUAACUUCUUAAAAAAGUAAGAAACCUUUCUCUAACGAUCACUAUACUAUGUAUGUAUAUUUCAACCAUUUUGAGAAUACUUAUUCGUUCUCAAACGGGUCAGGAGUCAUCCAGACUACUAGAAGGCAACACUUACUCCAACGAUAGACUUCAGUACCAGGUUAGUACCAUUUAGAAAAUUGAGAGGAUUUCUGAUUGACUCAGUUUUUCCUGUAGAAAUAUACCUAGGGUUUCAGUCUGUGUCCUGGUAGGUCAGUGUAACUUUGUUUACAAAGUAAUCCAAUUGAUAUCGGCCUAAUUAGGUGUAUUUUCAAA